AUGUCUGACAAGAGCCACUCUGACCCUAGAGCCGAUUAUCUUCUGAGAGAAACAACAUUUGAUUGCAAUCUCAACCCAAAGCCCUUUCUGAAUGGGCUGACUGGGAAACCAGGGAUGGUGAAGCUGAAGUGGGGAAUGGAACAGUACAAAGGCUACCUCAUCUCCGUCGAUGAAAAGAACAUGCAGCUUGCCAAUACAGAAAAAUAUAUUGAUGGUGCAUUAUCUGGACACCUUGAUGAAGUUCUGAUAAGGUGUAAUAAUGUCCUUUAUAUAAGGGGUGUGGAAGAAGAUGGAGAAAUG